GCUCAAUCUACCUAAAGUGAGCUUAUAUAAAUUACAAGUUACCUCAAUUGUCAAAUCAAGUAAUUGUAUUCAAAGGUAAUUCUAAAGGAGAAAUCCGUGAGAUUUACGAUUUACAGUAAAUAUAUCUCCGAGAAGGAUUUGCUGGGCGUAUACGGCCAUUGGAAGCAGUUCGGUUCGGUGGUAUAAAGAACACAUUACAACACCAUGAACUUGCCGUACCAAUAUCUAAGCAGACUUGGGCAAAGCUCCAUCCUCUGCGCCGCAAAAGGCGCCAGCAUCCACACAUUCGACCUAGAUGCCGGCAACUCAUUCCUUUCGUCGUGGACUCGGCCUCUCGCGAAGAAACCCUCUAGCAAUGGGGAAUCGCAAGAGACGGCGGGUCGAGGAGAAGGCCAAGAAGGUCAAGCAGGUCAAGGCCUUGAUGAUGACGAGCAAGAGAGCGGUCAGCAGCGCCCUUCGAAAAAGCGCAAGCUGAAUGCAGACAACAAGCCCGGCGCUGAGGAGCGUACUAGUCAAGCUGACGCGGGAACAGUGGAAGCGGCGGCAAACGGCAACGGCAACGGCAGCGAGAAUGGCAACGGGAACGGGAAAAAGAAGCAAAAACCCGAGUCCCGUGUUCAGGGACCCGAGAUACCCUUUGUGUCUCUCAUGGAAGCAACGGAAGACGGGAGGUAUCUAGUCGCCGUGACCGGCCAAGACAAGACUCUCUGGGUACUUGAGCACGACGGAAAGGGUGUUUUAAAGGAUAUAAGUCAAAGAGUCAUGCCGAAGCGACCCAGCUCCAUCGCCAUCACCCCGGAUGGAAACACCAUCUUAUCCGCCGAUAAAUUCGGGGACGUCUACGCGCUCCCUCUCAUCCCCAGCGCCACGUCCCCCGAGGCGACCAGCACCACCAGCGCCUCGCCGUCGAGCGCAACGACAGCCGCAGCAGCCCCGUCUUUCAAGCUGGCCGCGAACCGGCUAACGGUGCACUCGCAGCGCAACCUGCGCGCCCUCGAAGAGCAAGAGCGCAUCCUAGCCAGCCGGCAAGCCGCUGCCCAAUCCGCCUCCGCUAGCACCAAAGAGGAGGAGCCCAAGUACGAGCCCGUCCUAGGCCACGUAUCCAUGCUCACGGCGCUCGCGCUCGCGACCGGAACCGGCGGUAAUGGCAACGGCAAGCCGUACGUCAUCACGGCGGACCGCGACGAGCACAUCCGGGUGUCGCGCGGCGCGCCCGCCCAGUACCACGUCGUCGAGACGUACUGCCUGGGCCACGAGGCCUUCCUCGGCGCCCUCUGCGUGCCCGCGUCCCGCCCCGAGGUCCUGGUUUCCGCCGGCGGGGACGACGAGCUGUUCGUCUGGGAGUGGGAGGCCGGGCGGCUGGUUGGCAAGGCGGAUAUCCUGCGCCGUGCUAAGGAGGUGGUGGGGGUCUCGAGUGCGGACCAGGUCGCCGUAUCCCAGCUGCUCUCGUACGAUGCGGAUGGGAAGUGCUACGUGUUGGCCGUUUGCGAACGAGUUCCGGCAGUCUUCAUCUUCCAGCUUCUACCCGAUACAUCCCUCCAGCACGUACAGACGCUACGUUUACAAGGCAACCCCCUAAACGCCCUCGUCGUCACCAGACCAGAAGGCUCCCCUAGGUUAAUCGUAGCAACUGAUCCCCAUCAGCCUGAUGCUGCCACUACUGCUCCUACUACUACUACUGGCGAUGCCCCGACGCAAGCAGAGGAAGAAGACACCACCACCUCAUCUCUCCUCCUGUACGAGCGAGACAAGGCAGGAAACUGGGUCCAGAAAGGCAACAUCCAGGACGUCGCCGACGGAAAUUUACAUGUCUCGCGUAAAGAGCUGGAAUCUAUCCUGUACACAGUCGAGAACCUACGCAAGAACGAGUUUGCGGACGAGGCCGAAGGAGGUUCCGCCGUGCCCUAAAUCAGGUAUCUAUCCAUCAUGUACGUGAGAUACGCAGUAGGUUUUAGAUGUCUAUAAAUUCUGGGGUGUAGUAGCACAUAGGUUAAUAC